CACACAUUGGCUUCUUUGCCAGCGGCUAUCGCGAUUCUUCUCAGCUUUAUGCCCAGAUAGGAAAACGAGUAUACGCGCCGUGCAACAAGCGAUGUAAGCACUACGACGAGUACUGAUACGGCCACCGAUGAUGAUCUGUUUCCGGGUUUACUUAUUGGCUAUGAACGAUGUGACAACAAGUCUACGCUCACACGAGGAACGGGGCUUGAUCUGACAGGCAGCAUUUGCUUCGAAUGGCUUGAACGCGUCUCCGCAGAGUGAGAAAUUGGGAGUAAGCCAAGUAUGUUGUGGGAGGCCUAAAUGCCAGCGCGCCGUGCUACCUACUGGGCGUAAGUUUGAGGGGAGGGGUGACAUAGGCAUACAAAGACGUGGAGAAACACCCAAGUUGUCAUACCCACUUCUCUCUGCUCGAAGAAUUCGAGAUUGAGCUCUGUGUAGAAACACCAUGGCCCAGAGAUCACUGUACGUCGCCGGCCUGGUGCCCCUACUCUUCGCCGUACUCUACUUCCAGCUAGGCAACCUCACCUCCAUCUUCAACCAUGCAACACAAAUCCUCGGUCAGCAGCCCGCACUCACCAAACCCCCCAUCAUCAUGGCCGCAACCCCCGCCUUCAGCCACAUGGAAAAAAUCACAACGAUAACCCAAGGCCUCAUCUCCCGCGGCUACCCCGUGCACUUUAUCUCUGGCCCCGAAUUCGCAGACUACAUCGAAUCAAUCGGCGCAACAUACAUCGGCAUCGAAGGCCAAGGUCCUCAAAUCCUGUCCAACGAAGACCUAGGCCAAUUCAUCAGUCUACGCGGUGAUGAACAAGAAGUUUUUGCUUUCAAAAACAUCUUCAUCAAGACGAUUCCAGCACAAUACCGCACUCUGCAACGCGCAUUCCGCGAAUUCCGACAACAGUACGGAGAGAAGGAGAAAAUGAUAUUCCUCUUCGACUGCACAUUCGGCGGUCUCGGACCCGUUAUUCACGGCGCACCUGGUCUCCGUCCCGACGCAUCUAUCGCCAUUGGCCUAGCUCCCUACGCAGCAGCCAGCAACGACACAUUUCCUUUCCGCUCAGGAAGAUACCCAGAUACCAGUCCGGAGAGCCAGAAAGUACAUUUUGAAGCUCAGCAAGCGCAUAACAGAGAGCAUCCAAUUGAUACGCCCGUUAAAGCGGCUAUCGACGCUCUGCUCGUUGAGAUGGGCGCUACAACAACGACACCCAGUCUGUACGACAUGAUGGUGCACGCUUCGGAUGUUUAUCUACAAUACGGAAUCCCGGCUUUCGAAUGGGAACGAAGUGACUGGCGUCCUCAUCUCCGUUUCAUGGGCGCGCCCGUUGCCGUGGGUAUCGCUGAACAUAGUCUCCCCGAGUGGUGGGGCGAUGUUCUUGAAGCGAAGGCCGCGGGGAAGAAAAUCGUAGCUGUUUCUUCUAGCAGUGUGGUGUAUGAUACUAGUGCGCUUAUCAAACCGGCGUUGCAAGCGUUUGGCGCGAGGGAGGAUGUUUUGGUUGUGGCUACGCUGGUUACGUCGGAUGUGGAGAUGUUGGAUUUCGAGAUACCAGCGAAUGCGAGGGUGGCGAAGUUUAUUCCGUUGGAUUUGGCCUUGCCGGACGUUGACGUUCUGGUUACUAACGGCGGAUACGGUACCGUUCAACAAUCGCUUCGCGCUGGUGUGCCUAUGAUCGUCUCGGGUACUGGACAGGAUAAACUGCAUACAGGCACCCUGAUUAAUUACAGAGGCUUCGGGAUUUACCAUGCCCUGCCGCAGGUAACGCCCGGACUCCUCACCGAGACUUUUGAUCAGGUCAUGGGAAAUGAUACAUACAGGAAAAGACUCGAUGCCGUGAAGAAGGAAUAUGAGAAGUAUAACGCUGUUGAUGUUGUCGAGGACACGAUCAAGAAGGUAGUUAAUGGUGAUUUGGCUUUCUAGGUGUUUAAGUGGAUGUUAGCAACGCACUGUCAUCGUGCGAGUUGCGUAGUGUCCGCGUAGUUAGUUGACGAGUGAGUGUUUAUGAACAAAGAGGUGUAUAACCUGUGUCGCGGCUCUUUAUGUUCUGCGUGCAACUGUUGGCGUGUUUACCUCUCUGUCAACGUCUGUCACUGCUGUGCCUAGGGAAUCAUGUGGCGCAGUGUGGGCGAAGUAAGAAGCUGAGUCCGGUAGUCCGCCAAAAUUGUACUUUGUUGCUGCCUG